GCUUGCAGCCGUUCAAUAUGAGCAGCCGUGGAGACAGAGCAGUUAUAUAUAGAGAAGAAAAAGUAAGAAAAUUAAAGUCAAGCACAUAACUCAUUCAAUUUUAGACACAUAAUAACGCCAUUACAUUUCAGUUCAUAACUACGCCAAACAACAUCUCUGUAUUUUUCUUUAUUCACGAGUACAAAUAGCGGGGAAAUAUUUCAAUUCUUGGUAGGUAGAAACUGUAGCUACUGAAGUCAACAAAGACCGAAAGACUUGAUAAUUAAUCACACGAUUAUCGUUGAUCUAUUGAUUGGGGUUUUGAAACAGCUUCAAUUCAACGCUAUUUCAAAACCAUGGCGAAAGCAAAGUUACGUUCUCAGGGGAAGAAACUAUCGACGGUUACGCUGAUUUUCUGGACUCUUUUCAUGCUUACACUAGUCAUUAUCUUCCUCCUUGCGCUCGGAAUCGUUUAUCUUCCGAAUACAAGCGACGAUUCUUCUUCAACCACAGAUCUCAGUUCCUUCAGACGCAAAACCUCUGAAAGUUUGGCGGAAAGGAAGGAGCAGUGGACUGAGAUUCUGUCUUGGGAGCCAAGAGCUUUCAUCUAUCACAAUUUUCUGUCAAAAGAAGAGUGUGAGUACAUGAUCAAUCUUGCCAAGCCUUUCAUGGAAAAAUCAAGUGUUGUUGAUAGCACGACAGGAAAGAGUACAGAAAGCAGGGUUCGAACUAGUUCAGGAAUGUUUUUGAAGAGAGGAAAGGACAAAACUAUCCAGAAUAUUGAAAAAAGAAUUGCGGACUUUACCUUCAUACCAGUAGAGAAUGGAGAGGGACUUCAGGUUCUUCACUAUGGAGUUGGGGAGAAAUAUGAGCCUCAUUAUGAUUACUUCCUUGAUGAGUUCAACACUAAGAAUGGAGGCCAACGAGUUGCUACAGUUCUUAUGUAUCUGUCUGAUGUUGAAGAAGGCGGCGAGACCGUAUUUCCUGCUGCUAAGGCCAACUUUAGCUCUGUGCCAUGGUGGAAUGAUUUAUCUGAAUGUGCUAAAAAGGGUCUAUCAGUGAAACCAAAAAUGGGUGAUGCUCUGCUGUUUUGGAGCAUGAGGCCAGAUGCCACACUAGAUGCAUCUAGUUUACACGGUGGUUGCCCGGUAAUUAAAGGAAAUAAAUGGUCUUCAACAAAGUGGAUGCAUCUUGAGGAGUACAAAGUUUAAGGCUUUGCCUGUGCAGAAACUGCUUUAGGGAUAGAAGAAAAAGAACUUGAUAAGUUUGUUUUGAGAGCAUGUUUUUAAAGUGGAGAGGUGGCGGACAAUCACAUCGGUAGUGGAUUUUGAUGGUGCCAUGCUGCAGUGGCGAUGAUGGUUUCCGCGUCGACCAUUUAAUUAGCCUUGUAACUGAAAAUGAAUGAGUUGGGAGCUUCACAUAAUGACAUUUAUGUAAAAUUAGUUAGCAUAUAUAAGUUUUGUACAAAAAAUAUGAGUUCAGAUGCUAUCCAUUUUAUUUUCCCCUGAUCAAA